AUGGGAAACAAAGAUAAUUCAACAAAUAUUCCUAUUAGGACAGUUUCCAGCCAGAAAUAUGCUGAUUUGGAAAUAAAACAGUUCAGCCCAACAUAUGAGACCUCUACCAUACAGGAAAACGAAGGAAAAGGUGGCAGGUCUACCACCAGAAAGCAAGUAACUAGUACAACUAUACCCAGUACAACUAAAAUGACGCCUGAACUGUUGAAUCCUCAAAGCACAAAAACGUUUCAAGCUAAAACUUUGAAGCGUAAAAACUUGAAGAAAUUACAAUUAGAGAAUAAUAUUCAUGCUGAUGAUGGAGAUACCGAAAUAAUUAGUUCCAAUGAUCUGGUCCAUAGCUUCCAAAAUCUUGAAUUGGGUCUUGAAUACCAACUAAGCAUAAGUCACGACGAUUUGCUUACUUUAAAGUUACUUGGAAGUGGAAACUCAGGUUCUGUUAGUAAGGUUUUGCAUAUACCGUCCAAGAAAACAAUGGCGCGUAAAGUGAUACAUGUGGAGACUAAGAAGACUGUUCUGACUCAGAUUGUUAGGGAACUAAGAAUUAUGUACGAAUGCAAUAGUCCGUAUAUCAUAAACUUUUAUGGAGCAUUCUUGCACGAAGGCGACGUUACUAUUUGCAUGGAAUACGUCGAUUGUGGAUCACUUGAUAGAGUUUUGAAACUGGUUGGACCUUUUGAGGAAUUUAUUCUGGCUCAUGUGGCAUUUUCUACUCUCUGUGGGCUUAAUUAUUUGUAUGACAGUCACAAGAUAAUACAUCGGGAUAUUAAGCCCUCAAAUGUUCUGCUCAACUCUAAAGGAGGGGUCAAGCUUUGUGAUUUUGGUGUUAGCAGGGAAUUGAUUAAUUCCAUCGCCCAAACUUUCGUUGGAACUUCCACAUAUAUGUCUCCAGAACGAAUUCAGGGAGGCAAAUACUCGGUUAAAGGUGACGUGUGGUCUUUAGGAUUAAUGUUGAUUGAGUUGGCUACAGGAAAGUUUCCAUUUGGUGAUAAUUCCUCCAUGGGACCUGAUUCCAUCUUGGAUCUCUUACAAAGAGUGGUUAAUGAAAAGCCUCCGUCGUUAGAUCCAGAGAAGUUUUCAUCCCAAUUAUGUGAUUUUGUCAAUCUAUGUCUGAAGAAAGAAUCAGAGAGACCCAACCCAAUUGAGUUGAUUAGGCACCCGUUCUUGAAAGAUUGUAAGCAAGAAAAUACUAAAGCUAAAGUAAAACGAUGGGCUACUAAUGUUAGGAGGAUUCUUAAAGGAAAAGACAUGGGAAACAAAGUGAGAAAUACAAAGCAGUGA